AUGUUGUCUGGACUACCAGACAACCCGCGGAAGGCUCUUAGGAGGGAAGCUGAUGACAGCUACAGAGGCUGCAGUGGUAGUGACCUGAAGAAUGGAAGAGACAAUGAGAUGACUGGAUGUGGAAGCUGCAGAAUGCACAUUAUUCUGGAGAGGGUGGAAAAAUCUGGAUCACCUUAUAAUGGCAAUUACAUGAUGGCCCUUGAGCUUGUCGCAGAAUUCGACCCAUUUUUAGCAAGUCACAUUGCACGUUAUGGAAAUGAAGGUCGAGGUAACGUAUCUUAUCUUUCAUCCUAUACAUGUAAUGAAUUUAUAACAUUGAUGGCUUCAAAUGUGAUCUCAAAUAUUAUUAAAGAAGUAAAAGAAGCCAAAUAUUUCUCGAUAAGCAUUGACUCAACUCCCGACAUAUCUCAUGUUGAUCAAUUGGCUUUUAUACUGAGAUAUGUAAACAAUGAUGGCAUACCAGUAGAGAAGUUUCUUUGUUUUUUACCAAAUACUGGCCACAAAUCAGAACAGUUAGCUGAUGCUGUACUUUCAACUUUGAAUUGUUAUGGAUUAAAUAUCGCAAACUGCCAUGGCCAGUUGUACAACAAUGCCACUAACACGUCUGGUGUAUACAGCGGGUUGCAAGCAAGAAUUAAGAAUAUAAAUCCUUAUGCUGUGUAUGUGCCUUUCUCUGCGCAUUCUUUAAAUCUGGUUGGAGUAUGUGCAGCAGAAAGUUGUCAAGAAGCAUGCUCAUUUUUCUCAACUGUCCAACAUCUUUAUUCAUUUUUUUCUGCCUCUACUCACCAGUGGGAGAUUUUACUAUCUAAUUUGAAGCCAGGCAGUAAAGCAAUAAAGAGACUUUCUGAGACUCGCUGGUCAUCUCGAGUGGAAGCUUGUCAUAAUUUGAGUGAAAACUGGAAUGCUAUAAUUAAAGCCCUAAAUACAAUAAAGGAAGAUGCUACUGAGAAACCUGUUACACAUAAUGAAGCUGCAGGCCUGCAGCGAAAACUCGAUCGACUUGAGGCAGCUUUUAUGGCUGUAUUUUGGAGCUCACUCUUGGAAAGAUUUCAUAUAACUAGCCAAAAACUGCAAAAUGUUUAUAUUGAUAUACAGACAGUUGUAGAACUCUACAACUCACUAAUAGGAUACAUUAACUCUAUACAGGACUUGUUUGAUAUGUACGAAGAGAAAGCCAAAGAAAAAUCUGAAAUUGAAGACUACGAUUUUGACACAAAGCGAAAAAGAAAGCGUAAACUGCAAGCUGAGGAGACACGCGAAGUUGAAGUGGAAAUGUGUGGUAGAGAUAAAUUUAAAGUAGAUACCUUUUUACUAGACCUUGUAUGUUCCGAAUUGAAACGCAGAAGUAAUGCGUAUCAAGAAAUUUAUGGCAGCUUUCAGUUUCUCUCUAACAUUACCAAUACUUCAACCGCAGAUAUAACAGUUCAUGCUAAAAAAUUACGGCUAUGCUACCAAGGAGAUUUAGAAGAAUCAUUUGUGAAUGAGUGUCUACAUUUUCGAUCGUAUUUGGAAGGUGUCGAAAUUCCUGAAAAUGAAAAGAAGUCAAUUAUAAGAUAUUGCAGCCUUCUUCGAAAUCGAAACAUUCAUUCAGUAUAUCCAAAUCUUGAUAUUGCCUUCCGAAUGUUCGUUUGCACACCUGCUACAAACUGUUCAGUGGAACGAUCAUUUUCGGCAUUGAAAAGGGUGGAAAACUAUUUGAGGGCUAAUCUCAGUGAAGAAAAAUUAAACUCCCUUUCUCUCCUGACAAUUGAAAAGGAUCUAACAACUUCUCUGGAUUAUACAGAAUUAAUUAAUAAGUUUGCUGCUCAAAGUGUAGGCGGGCACCUUUGGAGUAUCAACUUAGAAAUGUUUGCAGAUGAAGAGCAUCUUAAGUUGAGUAAGAACAGGGAAAUCAUUAGUUGUUUGGUACAUGAGGAGAGUUAUGAAGAACACCUGUUAGAUCAGAACUUGAAUGAGAAGGUAAUGGAUUAA